AUGAUUCAAUUAAAGUCCAUGCUCAACUGCAUCGACAACUCGGGCGCCGCCAUCGUCGAGUGCGCCAUGAUCGUCGGCCAGAAGCGCCACGCCUCCAUCGGCGACCGCAUCGUCGUCGUCGUGCAGAAGCAGCGCGGCGCCCUCGCCGAGGGCAUGGCGGGCAUGUCGGCCGGCAACAAGGUCAAGCGGGGGGACAUCCGGCACGCCGUCGUCGUGCGCACAAAGUACAAGGUCCAGCGGCCCGACGGCAGCGUCGUGCGCUUCGACGACAACGCCUGCGUGCUCAUCAACAAGGCCGGUGACCCCGUCGGCUCCCGCGUCAACGGCGUCGUCGGCGCCGAGCUGAGGAGGAAGAAGUGGAGCAAGAUUCUCAGCAUGGCGCCCAUGCACGCGUAA